AUGCUCGAUAACCUGGGCAAUCGUUUCAUCUUUCCAGCACCCCAACCCUCCUAUGGCGCACAGUCGUACAAGAGGAAUUUGUGCUGGAUUCCGUGGAACAGUGUCAUCUCUCCCAAGCGUGUUGGGGAUGAGGCGAGUGCCAGUGGCAUUCCAUGCCUCUGGUUUCCGGCGCCCAAGGCCGCCACCGUCAUCCUAUUCUUUCACGCAAAUGCGGAGGACUUGGGAAUGUCCUUCGCGGUGCUCCGCCACAUCAGGGAUCAGUUCAAGGUGAACGUCUUGGCUGUAGAGUACCCUGGCUACGGUCUCCUGCAUCACAUGGAACCCUCUGAGGAUGCCGUUUACGAGGUGGCACUGACGGCUUUUCGUUUCCUGGUGGAUGAGAUUGGCGUGAGAUAUUCCCAGAUCAUCUUGUUCGGGAGAUCCCUCGGCAGUGGGCCGGCGGUGUUCCUGGCUGCUCAGUACCCUGUCGGAGGCCUGAUCUUGGUUUCGGCCUUUUCCUCCAUCAAGGCUGCGGUGCAGAGCAUCGUCGGGCGCGUGGUGGCCUGGACCUUUGCGGAGCGCUUCCCCAAUGGCCGGAUCAUCGCCAACGUGUCCUGCUCCACGCUCUUCAUCCACGGGGAGUCCGAUAGCCUGAUCCCAGCGGAGCAUUCGCUGCGGCUCUUCAAGCGCUGCCGGGCACGGAAGCUUUUGGUGACUCCGCCGAAGAUGGAGCACAACUCGAAUCUCUUCGGCGAUGCCUCGUUCCUGGCAGUGCCGGCCAUCCACUUCUUUGGGUUUCCCGGCUACUACACGGCCUCCCCGCCUCGGUUGCAGGCGCAGCUCUUCGAGGAUCCCGCCAAGAGAGCGCGGCUCCUCAAGGAGAAGAACAAGCAGGAGCCCCUUUCGUCCUUGACGAAGCCUUCCUGGCUUUGUGAUUGCCUGGCCAAGGGUGAUGCGCAGCACCUGGACGUGACCUUCUGCCGGCAGGAAAAUUCUGUAGAGGACAUCACCAUCCGCUUCCACGAGGCUUCGCAGAUGGAUCCGAGCCAGAUCAAAGGUGACCUCGGCGAGCUGCAGCCAUCCGAAGCAGGCGAAGAGGCCGCCGUGUCUCUGAAGCCGCAAAGUCAAAAUCCUGACAGUGCGGAAGACAAGGAGAACAAGGCAUACAAGGCUGCGCAGAUCGAGCGUGGCGAAGGUUGCGAUCAAGGGGAGCGGGAUGGCCUGGCGGAGCUGAAGGUGGACGUCGGGAGCCCGCUCGAAGCAGAGCCUGGAUCGAUCCUGCCCGAAACGCCCGAGGAGGGCCACGUCGUGAUGUCUUAUGCGACCUGA